AUGUCAAGAUGUGAUCUUGUAGAGUUUGAGGAGCAGCUGGCGCAGCUGCACUGGCAGAAGCGAUUCCGCCACAGGCCCCGAAUUUGCCGAUGGUCAGAUGCAUUUGAAAGAUGUGAUUUCCAUCCGGUGAUGGGAAUGAUUGCAGAUGCCAUUGCAGAUGCAAUGAGGGGGUUCUUCAUGCUUGACCGGCAGAUUGGAGACCCGCUGAACCAGCGCUUUUUGCCGAAGCUUAAGCCGGAGAACUUUAUUAAAUCUGGGGAGGUGGACGUCACAGAGUUUAAGGAGGAAGCAGAUGGAACCAUUCAUCGACAGGUUGAGUGGCAAAGAGUCAUUUGA